CUGUCAUUUAUAUGGCCAAAGAGUCAGUAUUAAUAGUCAAUAAUUAAGAUAUAAGGGAAGAUAAAGGUCCGCCACUUUAAAAAUAAUGAACAAUGACAAACAAACAUGUUAAAUCUGUAAUUCGGGAACUAAACUGUGUCCAUUUUUAAAAAAGGUUGAAGAAAGCAUCAAUAAAUAUGAAUUUUAAUAAGUAAACUUUGUUUAGAAAUGUAUAACACAUUGGACAACAUGAACCUUGGAUGAACUAAUGGUAGCAGGGCAGGAAAGCAUGGGCGUCCCAUAGUGCUAUGCACUGUGCCUAUCAAGUUUUGAAUAUUAUGAGACUUUCAAUUAUAUUUCUGAAUUCACGAGAAUUAAAAGAUCUUUUGGCCAGACACAAUUAGUAAAGCGUGUGCACUUCCAAGUUUUUAAUAUCAGUUUUGAUUUAACGCUAGAGUCAGGUGCCACUGUGUUAGCUAGAAACUUUAAAACCUAUCUGGUUAAUGGCUAUGGUAAAAUGAGACCAUUCACUAUUGACACUGCCACAGUAUUUACUGGACAUCGUACAGAUAAUUCUAGCAUAAUUGUCAGUGCCCAUACAGAGGAUGUCCUGUGGUCAAUACAGGUAUUUGAAGUCAAUAAUAUUUACGUUAUUGAGCCUGCCUGGUACUACUUAACUGCUGACAGUAACCCAAAGAAUAACACAUACCUAGCUUACAGAGCAUCGGACUUGAAAAAUGUGACUUGGAAGUGUCUUAACAAAUAUGCCAACCAAUCUAAAACAUUCAAAACUUUGUAUAGUAUGCCUGAUAAAGCUGCAGGGCAUUUUGCAGAACUCAAAAAAAGAUCUACAAAAGGAACUACUUGUCUUAUGAAUAUGUUUGCUGACUAUGACCUGUUUGCCAGACGUUGCAGACAUAGUGAGCAGAUCUGUGGAUCAUUAAUAGUCAGCUUGGUUCAGAAAGCUGAUGCAAUCUACAGAGCUUCAGUGUUUGAUUAUGAAAAGAAUAUAAUGUUUACAAACAUCAGUUUACAUAUAAAAAAUUUGUAUAUCUACACCAGCUACACAAUUUCAGAUCCAAAUGGAGGAAAAUUUGUGCAUUUUAAUGUGGAUGGUAUUGCCUGGACAGCUGACGACAAGCUGAAUUCUUUUGCGUACUAUAUGCUCUACAUGCAUCCCAAGCUGUGUCUUAAUCAUCUGGUUACAUCGUUUCCCUUCCCCCAAAAAGUAUUAGGACUAGCCUACACAGGCGGCAUAUGUAAAGUUAUGUCGGAGGACCAUUUCGUUAUGAACACAGCUUUGAUUUCUACUAUGAGUUCAUCCCAGGAACAAGUGUCCAGCUUGGAAGUUCUGCUGGCUUUUGCACACGGACACAAUUUUGGGAGUGAUCAUGACCCUAAUAAAUACCCAUGCAGUCAGUCAGAAGCAAACGGAGGAAAUUACAUAAUGUGGGCUUACAGUGGUACAGGAAAAUAUACUAACAACUUUAGGUUUUCUCCAUGUUCUUUAAAAAGUAUAGGCCGCACUAUAGCCAAUGCUGACUGUUUCGUUGAGGACUUUGAUAAGUCUCUGUGUGGUAAUGGACUUCCUGAAGAUACAGAGGAGUGUGAUCCUGGACUUAUCCUGAAUAAUGAUCCUUGCUGUACUAGUGAUUGCCAACUCAAACAGGGGGCUAUCUGCAGUGAUAAACACCAACAAUGCUGUUCUAGCUGUAGAGUAGCCAGUAAUCAAACAAUGUGUUCAGACACUGAGUAUUGGAGUUGUAAACAAAGAACCUAUUGCACAGGUGACAGUCUUGAAUGCCCACAAGCUCUUCCAUUACCCAAUUUUACUACCUGCUUAGAUGGGGGACAGUGCUUUAAUGGUGUAUGUGUUGGCUACUGUGAGGCCAAGGGUCAAUAUGAGAAACUCAGUUUGAGGUCUUGCUUGUGUAAAACACCUGAGUUUGCCUGCAAGUGGUGUUGUUAUGAUGACAGUGAUCCAGACAAGCAAUGCAAGCCCCACUCCAACUCCUCGGUUCUAGAUGGUCGAAGGUGCUACUUAGGAUAUUGUUAUUCUGGUGUCUGUGAACCAAUUUAUACGUCACCAUUUAUGAAAGUUUUCAACUACAUCUUAUCUCUACCUAAGAUGGACGCAGCCAGAGUCAUACUGAACAACCUGGUGAUUAUUAUUGCCGCUGUUUCAUUGUGUCUAUGGAUCCCCUGUACAGUUGUUUUUUUCAAAAUGUUUAAAAAUGAAGACUGGACAGAUUCACUUGUUCUUAAAAUAGUCAAGCCACUUAGUAUUGCGAAAGUCUUCCCAUUUAUUUAAAUGAGAGUGAAGAAUCCUCAUGCUACGUUACACCGUCUGAGUACCCUACCGAGCCUUUGGGACUUUCAUCUGCAGAUAAUGCUUUAGCAGAGGUACUUUUGGAUAUAUCCUCGGAGGACACAACCAUCGAAUCUUAUAAGUCUAUGAUGGAUACCAAUGAAUCAUCUAUUUUUGCGACACAUCAAUCCAAGGUCUCAACUGAUGGUGAAAGAAUGUUAGAUUCAUCAACAGCUGUAAAUUCUAUUAUAAGUUUUCAAGGGGGUUUUAGUUCCAGUACACCGCGACUCACUAUGGUAGACUUGGAAUCAAUGAUCACGUCGCUGGACUCAGAAUAUCAUAAAGUUUGAUUUUUUUUUCUUCUUUCUUAAAAGGAACCAAAAAUGUUAAAAUAUUAAAAUUUAUAUGUGAUUGUUA